GGGAGGCUGGCGAGGAGGGAUGUAGCCCAUCGCCAGGCGAGCUGGAAGGUGGGAAGCCGGAGGACCGGCUGCGAGGGAGGUUAUAAAAGGCAGGAACGAGUCGCUGAGCAAAGGGGAGGGCGACAGGGACCUGUCCGCCUCCGGGCAGCCCCGCCGGGACCCCGACACGCUCCUUCGCACGGAGCCCAGAGGAUUUUAUCCCCGACGGCAGAAGGAGCCCAGCGGGAGCAGGGACCGCUGCCAGCCAUGCCCCGGAGAGCUGGGCGCAGUGGGAGUUAAGGAUGGUGCCCAGCCUACGUCCUGCCCUCCUCCUCCUCCUCCUCCUCCUGCAGGCGUUUCUCCUCUGGGACAGCCCGGUCGCAGCCUCCAUCCAAGAGCAGUACUGCGAGAGCCUGACGCCUGUCACCAACCACACGGGUCCCCACUGCAAUGCCUCGGUAGACCUGAUCGGCACGUGUUGGCCCCGGAGUGCGGUGGGACAGCUGGUUGCACGGCCCUGCCCCGAAUAUUUCUACGGUGUGCGGUACAACACCACGAACAAUGGCUAUAGGGAGUGCCUCGCUAACGGGAGCUGGGCUGCACGGGUCAACUAUUCCCAGUGCCAGGAGAUCCUCAGCGAAGAGAAGAAGAGCAAGCUGCACUACCACAUCGCCGUCAUCAUCAACUACCUGGGGCACUGUGUCUCGCUGGGGGCCCUCCUCGUGGCUUUCGUCCUCUUCAUGCGCCUGCGGAGCAUCCGGUGCCUGAGGAACAUCAUCCACUGGAACCUGAUCACAGCCUUCAUCCUACGCAACGCCACGUGGUUUGUGGUGCAGCUCACGAUGAACCCGGAGGUGCACGAGAGCAACGUGCUCUGGUGCCGCUUGGUCACUGCCGCCUACAAUUACUUCCACGUCACCAACUUUUUCUGGAUGUUCGGCGAGGGCUGCUACCUGCACACGGCCAUCGUGCUCACCUACUCCACGGACAAGCUCCGCAAGUGGAUGUUCAUCUGCAUUGGCUGGUGUAUCCCCUUUCCCAUCAUCGUCGCCUGGGCCAUCGGGAAGCUGUACUACGACAACGAGAAGUGCUGGUUUGGGAAGCGAGCAGGAGUUUACACCGACUACAUUUACCAAGGUCCCAUGAUCCUGGUGCUGCUGAUCAACUUCAUCUUUCUGUUCAACAUCGUCCGAAUCCUCAUGACAAAGCUCCGAGCUUCAACCACAUCAGAGACAAUCCAGUACAGGAAAGCAGUCAAGGCCACACUGGUGCUGCUGCCCCUGCUGGGAAUCACCUACAUGCUGUUCUUUGUCAACCCCGGGGAGGAUGAGAUCUCCAGGAUCGUCUUCAUCUACUUUAACUCCUUUCUGGAGUCCUUCCAGGGCUUCUUCGUCUCCGUCUUCUACUGCUUCUUGAACAGCGAGGUCCGAUCAGCCGUGCGGAAGCGGUGGCACCGAUGGCAGGACAAGCACUCCAUCCGCGCCCGCGUGGCUCGGGCCAUGUCCAUCCCCACCUCCCCGACCCGUGUCAGCUUCCACAGCAUCAAGCAGUCCACGGCUGUCUGAGCCAGCAGCUGCCCUACGGGAUGGGGAAGCCAGCAUCCCUGCUGCCUAGGACCCCCAGCAUGGCACAGCACAGGAUCCAGGUCCUGCCUGCACCCACCGGUCUCGCAGAGGACACACAGACUCACUGCAGCUAUGGGAGACCCUACAGAGGCUCCUGUCCUGUUUGCUGGGGCAGACCUGUAGGACAGAACAGCUGAGAUGCUGCUUUGUCAUCUCUGUGCUGGUGAUGUGACCUGCUGGGGUGACAGAAGGAGUUGGAGGAGCCCGGAGAGGUUGCAGCAGCCUCCCUGCCCACCUCCAUCCUGGGCACCAUGCCCCAUGUCCCAUCGCUGCCUCUCUCCAGCUUGUCGCUGCUUUGAGAUGACAGGACAUCAGGAAAAUGCUGGGAGAGCUUAUGGGGCUUAAUCCCUUGGGAAGCUGGGUCAGCUUUCCAGCUGGUGCAUGCUGGAAUGCUGCUGGGGGACCAGGGGGAAAAACCCUCUGGGGGCAACCAAAGUCCUCUGGGUUGACAGGGGAUGGAUGGAGAGCCCUGGACUGAUGGCAGACAUGGCUUUAUACAGCUGUGUUUUUGCACUACUGGGAUUAUUUGAGCCCUUCCCCUGCCCCUCGCCCAGUCCACAGGAGGUCCCAUAACUGCUGCUUGGUCUGAUCAGGUCAUUUCUCAUCUCGACACCAAGGAUGUGAGGCAGAGCAGUGGGGUGGGAACCAUUCAGGGGACAGGGAUGGGCUCUGAACAGCUACACAAAGGGGUGACAGUCUGAAGGGUGGCAAGAGGUUCAGUUAAUCCUGUGGUCCAUCCCACCCUGGAUGGCUCUACAGGCUUUUGCAGAGCCCCUGGACCUCAGGUUGACUCCGUGCCCCUCCUCAGGGGGAUGGAAAGGUGAGGAAGAGCUGCAGCAAAGUGGUGGCUCAGCUCCCCAAAGGCAGCUACCAUGGGGACAUGCCUUGGCUUCGCUCCCCUCCUCCCUGCCCUGCUUUUACCCCUGCGGGUGGGCUCGGUGCCAGAGCUGCUCCUUGCUCUUACGCAGGGGAUGGGGCCAAAUCAUUCCCAUGCUGGGUUAAGUGCCUUGGAGGAGCAGCAGCCUCCUUCCCCUUGCUGGGGACCCCCUCCCGUGCAGCUCCCAGUCCCACAAAGUCCCCAGUCCACCCCCCAUACCCUAUUUCAUGUGGUCACCGAAAGCAGCUGAGCAGAGGGGUCCAUGCAAGGUGGAUGGGUUUGCCCCGAUCUCCUCAGAGCCACAUUUUCCCUGCCCCAUAUGGGGUCUGGGGAUGCUCGGGCAGGGGGAGGAUGCCUGAGGGGUUAUGAGCUGAGUCUACUCUCUGUAUCCCAGGGAUUUUGCCACUGAGGCCCUACAGGGUCUGGAAUGAGUCCCUUCACACUUCUGUGCCUCAGUUUCUCCACUCUAAAGAACAGGCAUAAGUAUUUCCCACCCCAAGGAGUUUUAAGCAUCUUGGAAACUGUAGUAAUAUGUGAUUUCCUCAGGAUACACCACCAGAAAGGAAUAAAAUCUUUCUUUAUCUCUUUAAAGCAA